UUCAGUCUUAACUCGUUCUUUCAUCACUACACGAUCAAAAACAGUUUCCUUCUUCCUUGUAACCGUAACUCGUUCCAUCUCCAAUGGAAGACGAAGUUAACAGAGAACUCGACCUUCUCCCACCGUCGCGCUCCGAUUCCUCUCUCCUCCGACUGCGCUCGGCGGUGUCCUCCUCCACCACAGACUGCGGCGGCGCCCCGUCGCUGGACCUGCAGCUGUCGAUCAGCGUGCGUCCGCCGGCGGCGAUGCUGAUGUGCGACGGCGUGGAGGCGCUGAAGUGGCAGGCCGCGGAGCAAAUCCGGCUGGCGGCGUUGGAGAAAGCUUACGCGGAGCGUAUGCGGGAACUGACGCGGCGCGAGAUGGAGAUGGCGCAGUCGGAGUUCGCACGUGCGCGGCAAAUGUGGGAGCGUGCGAGGGAGGAGGUAGAGCGAGCUGAGAGGAUCAAGGAACGCGCGACCAGACAGGUGGAUUCGACGUGCAUGGAGAUCACUUGCCAUUCCUGUAGGCAAAGGUUCAGGCCCGCUUGAUCCCAGAAAUACCACUCCCUUCCAUGAUCGCUUUCUUUUGGCUCUGUUUCCAUUUUCUGUUUCUCUAACAAACCAACCACAAUAACACUUCCCUUAAUGAAUUAACCGUUUUUCCCUUGCUCACAAUAACACUUAACUACAUGCGUGUGUUUCCUCUGUAAAUCGUUAAUUUGAUUCCAUGUUUUUAUUUCCAAGAUACAUAUACAUGUGUUUGGCGGUGAGCAGACAGCACAAUUAAUACUUACGUACGCGAGUGAGGUCCCGUGAGAGGACGGAGAUUGAAGACUGAGCACCCAAUCCUGUUUCCUUAAAUUAUUUUCUGCAAAUCUGUUUCUUUUACCCUUUUCAGUUAAAAGGAAAUGAACCAGCGUGGUGGUAACCAGUGCCGAACCUUUAGUUUUCAA